UCAUCAGCAUCAUCACCACCGUCCCUACAUCUGAGUCCAGGCGGAACGGAGGCUAGGCGACACACGGCGUGUAGGAGGAUCGUGACGUGAUUGUUUUUUUUUACUCCCAAAUCCAUUAUCGGAGGAAAUGAAACCAGGCAUUUGACGAAAAGAGUCUCGGCUGUGAAAGAAAAGUGACCUUGAAUGGAAAGUCUAUCGGAGUCGACGAAUCAGCGUUCGUGGUUAGCCUGAGGAAAGAGAUUACAGAAUAUUGACAUCAGACGUCAGGAAUCUAAGAAAAAAAAGGCAGCUUCAUGGCAGAAAACAAUUUCCCACCUCUUCCCCGUUUCAUUCCUCUGAAGCCAUGCUUUUACCAAGACUUCAACGAGAUCCCAGAGCAACGCCGCACCAUGUGCAAGCGCUUGUACUAUCUCUGGAUUUUAAAUAGUGCUACCUUGGCGGUGAAUCUGAUUGGCUGUCUGGCAUGGAUGUGUGGUGGGGGCGGAGCCACUAAUUUUGGAAUGGCUAUAUUGUGGCUUAUCCUCUUUACCCCUUGCUCUUAUGUAUGCUGGUUCCGGCCCAUCUACAAAGCUUUCAAGACUGACAGCUCUUUUAACUUCAUGGCAUUUUUCUUCGUAUUCAUGGCUCAGGUUGUGAUCAGUAUUAUCCAGACAGUGGGCAUCCCAGGCUGGGGAGUCUGUGGGUGGCUGGCCACCAUCACAUUCUUUAGCACUAAUGUCGGCUCUGCUGUGGUGAUGCUGAUUCCCACCAUUAUGUUCACUGCUGUCGCUGUGCUGUCUUUCAUCGCCCUUACCAAGGUCCAUAACUUCUACCGUGGCAGUGGAGGAAGCAUGAGCAAGGCCCAGGAGGAAUGGGCAACAGGUGCUUGGAAAAACCCUCAUGUACAACAAGCAGCCCAGCAGGCAGCUAUGGGUGCAGCCCAGGGGGCAAUGCAGGGGCAACAGUACUCGGCCCCUCCAACCUACAACUAUGACGACCCCAUGUAAUGUGUAUUUAAUAGGAAAGAGUUAGGAGUGUUAGGCCUGUUUUAUACUUGACACGUGACUAUGCUUGUGUGUAACGCCUCACUGCAAUGCGUGAGAACUAACAACAUCCACGUUAUAUCAGAGAGCAUGCCAGUGCUAAAACAGACAUUCUUGUCCAUCAGGUUUCCAUGUUGUAUGCAAAACAGACUUUUCUUUUUCCUGUAGUUGGGAAAUCGAUUAGUGUUAAUGCACAAAAACUGUCUAGAAUAGUACCUAGGUCUUAUAGUUUGUUCAGUCUGUGGCAGACAUUAUGCCACAUUGCACUAUACUGCCUAUUCUGUUAAGGUUGGGCCUGCGUCAAUGACCACUGCAAACAUGCACAAUCAACACACCAAAUAAAUGCAGUACAUGAGUGGAUGCCAUCUAAACGCAUGUGCAUAGUUAAAAGCAAGUAUAAACCUGGCCUUUACGAGGGUACCGGGGAGGGGGGAAGAGGGGGUUAGCAAGAAGAAUUAGUGCAAAUAACUGACCAAUUAAAUUUUAAACAAUAAUACAUAAAAAAAAUGGCCUCAGUUGUUGUGUAUGGUAGUGUGAAGUAUUGUUGUUGUUCUCAAGACUAGGUUUUCCCAACUCUUACCCCAGAGGUCCACUUCCCUGCAGUUUCCUCUAAACACACUUGAUUCACCUAAGAAGCCAAUCAUCAAGCCUCCUGCAGGUUGAAUCAAGAAUUUUUAGAGUGAGCAGUGAACAGCUUGGGUCAGUGGGCCUCCAGGACAUGAGCUGAGAUAUGCUACUCUACACUUUACCAGUCUAUCUUUGUGGUAUCAAGACAUUUGUAAUUGUUAUAUUCUAUUCCCCCAAUGACUCUCAAUUGAGUAAACAUUCCAUUGUGUCUAAGUAGUAGUAGAGACCUUGAUGAGCCAUCUUUGUAGUAUUUCUAUUUGGAUAUUUGACAAUGAAUAAGCUAAAUCUAACACUAGGAGGAAUAAUUGUAAAUCUCUUAAGUUAUUUAUGUGAAAUAACUUAGUAAUAAAUACAGAAAGUCUCACAGUUUCUUUUGCUUUUCAGUUGCUGAGCCAGUUUUCUUAUCCAGCAUCAUAAUUUGCCUUAUACUAUAGGUCUUUUUUUUUAAUAACCUCAUUCUAGUUUGUCUGCUGGGACACAAAUAGCCAUACACUCACUUUCAAUGGAUUGUCCAGAGCGCAGAAACGUGGUUUAAUAUUUUCUGAUUGGACAGUCACUGAUAUUUCAUGGUACAGUACCUCACAUAGGAUUCCAGUAGUUCUGUCAACCUGAGAGCUGCAUUUUCAAAAACAUGCGUCGUUAGAUCACAUCAUUAGAAGAACUGAAGUGUGUCCUUUUACAUAAACAGGUCUUCGUUGCCUGCAUCAAGAAUCGCUGAGCCAUAAAAUACUGAUUUGCUCGAAAUCACUUCCUGCUCAAAUCUGAUUUCACUGAUGUGGUGAAAUGUUGUUCUAUUUCAGCUUUGUUAUGCUAUAAUUAAUUCCAGAUUUCUGAGUCAACUUUUUUGGUGAAGACAUGCAAUAUAUUGACAUAUUUUGUUGAGAUAUUUAUUGAGAAACAGCAGGAGUUAAAUACCUGCAGGUGAAGCACACUAGUCCCUGUUUGAAUUGCACAGGAAUUAUUACCAGUGUAAAUCCAUUCAAACUCAGCAUUUUGUUACUUCCUAACAGGAAUAUGGAUUUUACCGUAAUACUUCAUUUUGUGUAAAUAUUUG